CCGUAAUCAUGCCCGCUUUAAUUUUCAUAUGAGCCUGGUGAGUGAGUGAGUGAGUGAGUGAGUGAGUGAGUGACCGCGAGUGCUCAUGUCGUGAUGACGGAUCAUAGGUAGACAGCCUGCACCUGCAUCGGCUCACUGCUCUUAACGAGGCAAUUUGGAGGAAAGUCCCCACUAAGGCAGGCACAAGGCGACUGCACAAUGCACAUCGGUCAAUCCUGGCCUUGGGAAGCUCCCCUUGAGCUCCCAAGCUUCGCACCAUGUUGUGCAAGGAGCCAGUUCCAUGGCUACUGGUACAGUAGCUACAGGCGGGGGGAGGAGGUGAUGUUAUUAGUGCACCUGUAUUUCCCAUAAGAAGGGUCGAGCCCCUCGUCCAGAGCUCGACAGUCCUAGGAUUCCAAGUCUGUUGCUUCACUUUCGUAUCAUUCAGCAUGUUGGACCUCUCAAUUCUCCUGUCAGCUGCUCUCGGAGCCCAAGCUGUGUUUGGUACACCAAUUCGUGCUCGCACAGCUUACUCCCUCAAGGAGGUUCAUCCUGUACCCAAGAAAUGGGCCCCCGUUGAUCGAGCACCUGGAAACCACAUGCUCCAGCUCCAGAUUGGAUUGAAGCAAGACAAUUUCGAGGAAUUGGAACGUCAUUUGUACGAAGUUUCGGAUCCAGACCACGAACGAUACGGUCAACAUCUCAGUGAUGCAGAUGUAAACGAGCUUGUAAAGCCGGCCGACGAGACUUUAGAUCUGGUCCAUGAGUGGCUGGUGGACAAUGGUGUCACUCGUGCCAAUUAUAGUCCUGCCAAAGACUGGAUUCAUGUUUAUAUCGAUGUCGAGUCAGCAGAGCGCCUGCUUGACACCGAGUACUCGGUUUUCGAACACGAAGAUGGUGCACAGAUUGUUCGCACGUCUCGGUGGUCACUCCCGGAGCAUCUGCACGACUUGAUUGAUACAAUUCAGCCGACCACAUCGUUCAUGCGUGCUGCGCCGCAGACAACGGACUACAAGCAAUUUGCAGCUCCGUGGACGCCUCCAGGAUAUACUCCACCCUCCAAUGCGACUAUUGCGAAAGUCUGUCAAUUCUUCCCAGUCACCAUUGAAUGCUUCCGUACUUUGUAUAGCACAAUUGAUUACACUCCGCAAGUCCCAGGCCUUAGCCAGGCAGGCUUCAACAACUACCUUAACGAAACUCCUAUUCGCCCAGACAUUAACUUGUUCUUGGAGAGAUAUCGCCCUGAAGCUGCGGAAACUGCUUUCACAUUCAAGUCGAUCGAGAUCGCCGAUGGCCCAGCUGCUAUCUACACAAAUAUCACAGAGUUCCUACUUACCAAUGAUUUGGGGAAAGAAGCCAAUCUCGAUGCUCAGACCCUUUUGGGUAUGAUCUAUCCCAUUCCUCUGACGUCUUUCUCUACAGGAGGAAGCCCGCCUUACAUCCCUGAUAUCAAUACUCCUACGGACACCAACGAGCCAUACCUCACCUGGGUGAAUUAUGUUACUGGCCAAAAGGAUCUCCCUCAGGUUAUCAGCAGCUCUUACGGAGACGACGAGCAGACUGUUCCCAAGUCCUAUGCCGAAAGAGUGUGCAAGUCAUUCGCUCAGCUUGGAGCUCGUGGAAUCACUUUGCUUGUGUCUUCCGGUGAUGCUGGACUUGGUGGAGAAGCAUCAACGGAUUGCAUUUCGUCUGCCACCAACACGACUGCCUUCCUCCCAGCAUUCCCAGCCGGCUGCCCCUAUGUCACCACUGUGGGUGCGUUGGAGCAAUUCGAGCCGCAAGUUGUUGCUUGGCGUCCUGAUGGCAUUGGUCCUGAUGGGAACGAACACGGCUUCUACACCAGCGGUAGCGGAUUCAGCAAUUACUUCGCAAGACCAUCAUACCAAGAUGGUGUGGUGGAUACUUAUGUCAAGAACUUGAAUGGCUUGUAUAGUGGAUUGUACAACCCUGACGGACGAGGUUAUCCCGAUAUCUCGGCACAAGGGCUGUACUUUGGAUUUGUAUGGAAUCAAACAUUCUCUUCCAUCUCUGGAACAUCAGCAUCCUGCCCUCUAGCCUCUAGCGUCCUCGCCCUUGUCAAUGAUGCUUUGCUUGCAUCCGGCAAGCCUACCCUUGGCUUCUUGAACCCAUUCCUCUACUCUAGGGGCUACAAAGGUUUUACGGAUAUCACUAGCGGCAACACCUCCUCUUGUGGCACCGCAGGAUUCCCAGUGACGGAGGGUUGGGAUCCGACCACAGGUUUCGGUUCUCCAAUUUUCCCAGAGAUCGUCAAGAUCGCAAAAGAAUGCUUUUAGACCAAUUUUGUAAUGUUCAGCUGAUCUUGAGUCAAUUGGAACUUCGAAGCAAAAUCCUAACAUCUCACUGCUGACAAAAUCAUCAAAAUAAUUUAAUUCAUUUUAUAAGACUUGAUUGUAUACUUCAUCGCCACAUGUGCCUGCAUUUAGAAUUAUGGGUAGUUUCGAUUAGAAAGUCCCAGCAUGUGUGUGUUAUCAUAGCAG